CUUGAUUCACAGUGAAAUUCAGUGACUUUUUACAAUGCAGUACUCUAUAGUUCAUUUUGUUGAAACUGACGAGGUAGAAAUUAUCCCAAUCAAUUGGCUGUCAGCAAGUAAAAAUAAAUGUUGGUGGCCGCCGUACAAAUCUUCAGAACGCCAAUCGAAGGCCGUCAUGAAUGGGGACACGCCAAAUCAGCAAGUUUGGUUAUCGUUUGGCGUAAAAGUUUUAGGCGGAGGCAAAAUAUUUGGUUCUUAUAAUCAAGCAAAAAAUAAUGUUGGAAAAGCAUUGGAAGAAACUGAUCCGGAAUUUGAGAGCGACUUGGAAGUAACUGGUCGAGGGCAACGACACAAGAAAACUGUUCAUCUACCAUCGCCCGGCGACUCCGAUAGUGAAGAAGAACCGCCCAAAAUGAAGCAAAAUCGUUCUAUUCCCACGAAGACAAUACCGCCACCACCACAAUAUUUUAGUUUAGUGGGAGAGGGCUUUCAAUCAGAAAAGGAAGACGGCCACGAAUCAAGUUUACCAGGACCGAGUGACCCCCCAUCGCCAACUAAUUCACAGCAAUACCAAGGCACACUCUCUAGCGAGCAAGUUUUAUCUAGCUCUCACGAAUUGGAAAGCCGUUCGAUUCCUCAGGCAGAGGACAUUGAUACAACUUUCGGCAGAGAUAAUGGCACGUCACCAAACGCAGGAAAUUUAGAAUUCCAAAAGUGGAUGGUACGUCAAAUGAAUGUGAUGAAAGCCCAACUGCGACAACUACAGGAAAGCGUAGACGUUUUAGUGAGCAAUUACAAUUGGGGGACCAAGACGGGUGGUCAAAACGAAAAGUUUCCAGUGGGUUUAUUACCAGUGGAUGAUGAGUCUGACUUGAAGAAACUCGAGGAUUUCGCCAAGGCAUCAAGAAUCACAUUGAUUACAGAACUGCAGAAAGGCAUACGUGCGACCAAGGAUGUAAAGAUUGCUACACAGCGGAUACUAGCCAAGUUGCUGACAGAUAAGUAUGCAUCGUCAUACAACUGGAUUGGUUCAAGAGGACCGAAGUCACCUUUUUCAAAAUCAUGGAUGAAGCACAUUAUAUAUGAGGCAAUUCAAGGACUGAAAAACUUGGGCAACGCUGACGACGACGAGAUUUGGGAAGCAAUUAAAAAUUGGCUCAAAAAUUCCAACAAGCGUAUUGAAUCGGAUAGGAAAAAGUUGGAGAAGUCCAAUGCAGCUCUUCCAUUAAGAAAUACUGGACCAGAAUCAGACAAUUGAUUUUUUUCACAAUUUUUUAUUGUUAUUUGGAUUUAAAACUUUAUGUAAUGUUAAUGGUCAGUAAUAAAUCAUAAUUCCCGCAUCUAA